AUGCAUAGUCGCCUAUUUUGUCUCUUUCAGGGUAGAUUCCCUCCGACAUCCUACGUCGAAUAUGGACAGCAAGGUUUCUACAAAGAUAGCAUUCAUAAGAUCUAUGAUAACGACGGAAACAGUUUCCCAGCCUACUGUGAUCUAAAAUCAGAGCCCGGUAUUGCAUGGACCCUAGUCAUGUCUUGGAGUAGAGAAAAUCGCCUUAUUUCUGCUUUUCAAAACGCCCCUCUUCAGGCCAAUGCCCCAGAAAACGAGAACUCCCCCAACUGGGAUCGUUACCGGUUAAGUCUGGAGCGUAUGAAAUCUUUGCAGGUCCACUCCACCCACUGGCGAGCAACAUGCAGCUAUCCGACUUACGGCAUCGAUUUUAGAGACUACCUCCGUGGUAACUUUAAAGACUUCAACAUCUUCGAUUUCCUUGGUGCUGGCGAGUGUAAGAGGGUAGAAUAUGUGGAUAUUCGAGGGCACAGUGGCACAAACCUCAAGGUACCGUUUUGGCAGAAAAAGAACACUUGGAUAGUGCAUACUGUCAGCAGUUCACAUCACUGCGAGUUCAAAGCAUCAGUUGGAGCGGUAAACAAGGAGCACAACUUUGCCUCUUAUCGUAAUAUUAAUCAAAAGUUCCGCUGCACACAGGCAGACCACUCUACUACUCAGUGGUGGUUUGGAGCUCAUCUUAAAAAAUAG